CUACUACUCCAGCGGCAUGACCAACCCUGGUCAACCUUCACCACUGACCAUUCCCCGAGACCAAUGGGGAAUUGCCAGCUCGAGUAAUGCACCCGGGGUCGCAGUAUGCUGUUCCUUUUGUGGUGCAUGGAGGGUUGUCCCUGUUGUGCCAUCCCCCAAUCUGUUUCGCCCAACGACGUAUAUGCCAAGUCAACUAGACUCUGGCUACUCAGAUUUUAUGUUUCCGCCCCUUAGCGAAGUCCUUCAACCCUUGAAUUUCGGCCAACCAAACAACGAAGUCAUUCAGCCUCUGCAAUCCAGUCAACAAACUGGGGUUUUCCAACCUCUCAAUGAAGUUCUUGAACCUAUGGGCGACCUCGCUCAGUUUUUCAACACCCCCUCUUUGUCGGCAGGCGACCCCAUUCAGACGCCAUAUAUGCCCUAUCCGGUCAUGCCAAACAAUGUUCCGGACAUGGGCGAUUUGCCAAUACAACCACAAGCUGAUUGGCCCGUAAGCGCUAAUCAGGAGAUCCCAAGCCCAGCCUCUAUAUCGCAAAGCCAUUCCCCGACUCAAAGUAAAAGUGAUAUUCAAGAGGAUGAGACAUACCCGAAACCAGUGUCUGCAGCAUCAUCGGGAGACACCUUGCAGACGCUUCCAGAUUCUGAUGAGGCAGUUGGGGGAGAUGGAUUGGAUUCGCUGACAGAAAUAGAGCGCUGUGUUGUUCGUCUCAAGCUGCAAGAUUGGACCUGGCAAGAUAUCACGAAAGAGGUCAACAAAAUGGGUGACGACGUUCAGAAAGCGACACUAACCGUAAGAUUUCAAAGACUCAAACAGCGAAACAAGGCCGUCGCGGGACUUUUCGCGCAUCACGUGAGGGCCUGUGAACAGUCGCAGAAGAGGGUUCAAUCAACGAAGAAGAAACAAAGGUCAAAGAAAGGGAAAGGGCACGUUUCAGCUAUAAUAGGUUCAAUGUAGCAGGCUAUGUUUUAGGUACAGU